AUGAAGAAAGGCCCUAUCGCCAACAGUGACAAUAUUCCCUAUGACUACAUCGUCAUCAUCGACCUGGGCUCCAAGGGCUCACGAGUGUUUGUCUACAACUGGCUCAACCCAUCUCACGCUUUGAAGGGUCUGGUGGACUUGAAUCAGUACCAGUCGUUUAAAGACUUUAAACUCGUGAAGUCGGCCACUACCCAAGACAAUGGUACUACCCCCGAAUCCGACGACGAGGACCAGGACAACUCGGACUCGGACUCGGACUCGGACCCGGACUCCAACUCCGGCUCCAAGCCCCAAAAACAAAAACAAAAACCAACCAAACAAAAACUGUACAAAGCCCGACUCCCCAAAGUCAACUCCAACAAAAAAUGGAAACACAAGGUCAAACCCGGCAUCUCCACCUUUAACCUCAGUCCACAGAAAAUAGGAAACCACCACCUCAGGCCACUUUUGGCGGUGGCCAGCCGCGUGGUCCCCAAGUCCCAGCACCACCGUACCCCCAUAUUCUUACACUCCACCGCCGGAAUGCGUCUUUUGACCCCCACCGAACAACAGAAGAUCUUGGACACCGUGUGUGAGUAUUUCCAGCUGAACUCCGACUUCUUCUUGCCGGACUGUGCCUCUCACAUCAAUGUCAUUGAGGGUGAUGUCGAAGGGCUCUACGGGUGGUUGGCCAUCAACUAUCUUGUGGGCGCAUUUGACGAUCCCCAGAACCACCAGCACGGCAAGAACCACACGACCUACGGGCUCUUGGAUAUGGGUGGCGCCUCCACUCAGGUUGUGUUUCAGCCCAACCACUCCGAGAUCACCGAGCACCAGAACAACUUGUACAAUGUGAGCUUGUGCCAGCUUCCUAAACUCAAGCACCUGCAACCAGACAACGCGGUGGGCAAGUACUUGAGGCCUUCUCCGUUGGCCUUUAGCGUUUACUCCGAUUCGUUCUUGGGGUUGGGAAUGUCGCAGGCCUAUACCAAGUUUUUGGGGUUUUUGGUUGCAAAUUCCCCCACAAAACCCGGGGUCUUCUAUAACCCGCCAAUUUCAGACCCCUGCUUGCCCAAGGGAUACGUCAGCAACUUGAAGUUGGGCGACGACAGGUAUGAUUUCACCGGUGACUCCAACUUCGAAACGUGCUUGAACUCCAUCUUCCCCAUUUUGUCCCAAAGCUCCUACCGCUCCAGUUCGCCACAUUCAGGGAAUUGCAAGCAGGACAAUGAUGACAGCAAGGUCAGCUCGUGUCUCUUGAACGACUUGAUUCCGGCGUUUGACUUUGACAUCAACCAUUUCUAUGGGGUGAGUGGAUACUGGUAUGCUAUUUCCACCUUGAUGCUGUACAACCAGCCCCAACUAUCCCCAAGAGUCGAGAAACACCCUACCGAUACUGAAUACGACUACAAAGUGAUUUCCGAAAACACCAAGAAUAUCUGCUCUAAGUCGUACAGUGAAUUGAUAGAUCUAAAUAAAAUGAGACCUGAGAGUCAGCAGCUUUCCACCGAAGAAUUGACCAACUUGUGUUUCAAGUCGUCGUGGAUCUUGAACUUUUUGCAUUUGGGUCUUGGGUUUCCUCGAUUUGGCAUUGACGAAAUUAAGCAGGACGACAAGUUCAAGUCGUUGCGGUUGGUGGAUAAAAUCAAAGGGUCCGAGUUCUCCUGGACUUUGGGAAGAGCCAUUCUUUACGCCAAUGAUGAAUAUGUUGAAGCCUUCAACAACUAUACGCUGCAGAACUCGGUGGCAUCUCCCAGCCUCUUGGCUCGUGCUGGGUUCACCUACACGCCGUCUCCUAAUUCCUUUCACUACGGAAGCGAACAGAACGGAGUGGCCAAAAGACCCCAGUUUGUGAAGCCCGUUCCUAAUGCCAAGUACAAUUACUAUGACUACGAGAAGAGUAGCAGUAAGGGCAAAAACGAACUGAAAUGGGAUAUCGAGCCUCAUCGGUGGUAUGGAGGGUUUAUGUUUUUAGUGUUGUUGAGUCUUAUAUUCUGGCUCCUUUUGGGACUGAAAGGCCGGUCUAGGAUUGUUGUACGCAUAAAAAAUGACUAUCAGAAGGCAAAGGACAUGGUGCUGUCGUGGACUAAUCACACCUAUCAACGGGUCAGCGACGUGGAGAUUGGUGAGUAUCAGCUUCAAAAUUUGGAAGUUCCAACGCCGUCACCUCCGGCAAACUUUGUCAUUGGGGAGUAG